AUUAUGAUGUCCGAAGAACUAACUAAUUGAACUAGUAGUUUAUUCUUUUACACUUGUGGCGUUGAAAAUUUAAACGAAUUGGGAAAAGAGGCUGUUAAAAGCCAUCUUAAAAGUUAAAAUUAACUGGCUUUAAUCGUCUGCAAAGUUCAAAAGCUCUCCAACGGCGUCGUUUUAUCGAAGGUAAACGCAUUCCCCCAAAAUCUCUACCGUUUCUGUUGUUGGUCUGGCUUCCCUACGAGACGAACAACUGCUUGCUUUGCUCGCCGCGUUCUUUCUCUGGCUUUCUAGUUCCAUUUGAAACGCUUAGAUCACUCUCGCUUGCUUUAUCAAUCGAAAAUACUCGUUGACGACGGAGUUACAGAAAUUGUCUUGGAAGCAUUAUUUGGUUUUUCCAUUAAUGUAGUAAUGCAUUGUAGGGGAACCACAGUAGGGAUUUGAUGAACGGUGUUUCUAGUAGCUUACGGGCAGCUUUCUCCUACUGUGUACAGCAAGUGCGUUGCUAUGAUUAUCAUCAUUACCUCUGCCUUCUUGAGCUUCCCCCUAACAUGCGAAAGGCUGCAUUUGCACUCCGCGCCUUCAAUGUUGAAACUGCCAGAGCUAUGGAUGUUGCUUCUGAUCCCAAGAUUGGUCUCAUGCGCCUUGUCUGGUGGCAAGAAGCCAUUGACAAAAUUUAUGCUAACAAAUUGAUUGAACACCCAACAGCACAGGCCCUCUCCUCAGUGAUAUCUGAAAGUAAAAUUAGCAAGGCUUGGUUAAAACGGUUAGUGGAAGCUCGGAUCAAUGAUGCAAGUAGAGAGGCUACUGACCUACCAGAGAGUAUUGAGGACUUAGAGAAAUAUGCAGAGAAUACAGCAUCAACUCUUCUAUACAUGACUCUUCAAGCUGGUGGUAUCAGGUCCACUGCAGUUGACCAUGCAGCAUCGCAUGUUGGUAAGGCAAGUGGCCUUCUUUUGCUACUUAAGUCGCUGCCAUACCAUGCUAGCCGCAACCGUCACUUUUCUUACAUACCAGCUAAAGUGGCAGCCAAGCAUGGGCUGCUAGUUAAGGAGGGAGGUCGAUCAGAGAUACACUUGGAUUCUCGUGAGGGCUUAUGUGAUGCGGUUUUUGAAAUUGCAUCAGCAGCCAAUGCACAUUUGCUGAAAGCUCGUGAAUUAGCAGACGCUGUUCCCUCUGAGGCUCGUAAAGCACUUCUACCAGCUGUGCCCGCCCAAGUUCUGUUGGAUUCCCUCAGUCGUGUACAGUUCGAUGUGUUUGAUUCAAGGUUAGCAAGAGGGAUUCUGGGUAAACCUCCACUGUCGUUCCAAUUGAAAUUGAAGUGGUAUUCAUGGCGGGGCAAAUAUUGAAACUUCUAUCUUUACCGUGUCUGUUGCGUGGAUAACUUUUCAGCAGGCGGCAAAGGAAACCAGAAGCAAGAGCUUUGUUGUAUUUGUUCUUUCACAAUAAGGGGAUUGGGUGUCCCCAUGAAACAUGUUAAAAGCUAACUUUGUGCUCCUUUAUGACUUAUUUGGCAUGAUUCUAAAACUCUCUUACGUGAUAUCAUUUGGAAGUUUAAUAAUCAUAGAUGGCUUAGCGUAUGCAAUUUACAGGUUGGAGGAUUAACUUGUCUUCCAAGUGAAUGAACAGAGGCAGUUAUGGUUUGUCUGCCACUAGUAGAACUUUUGCUUCCAAGGAUUUCAUGUCGAGAUGUUUCGGUGAGAGAAAGCUUGUAUUUGUUUCUUCUACACAAUA